GUCUCCCGGGCCGCCCUCUUACUCCCCUUUUCGCCGGAGGUAGCGGUUCCUCGGGGUCGGGAUGGAGGCGGCUGUGGCGCGGGGCUCGCUGGGCAGAGCGUUGUCCGGCACCCACCGCCAGGAUCUGCCCGGCUGUAAGGCCGUCAGCGAGGCGCGGGUGCUGGUCAUCAAUACGGGCGGCACCAUCGGCAUGGUGCAGGACGACAAGGGACUUGCUCCUGAGGCCAAUAAGUUAGUAAGCAGCUUGAAGACGAUGCCAAUGCUGCAUGAUGAUGCAUAUGCCCAGGAAACAAAACUGUGCAACCUCCAUGAAUUUCCGGAUGAUACAUUGGUGCUCCCUGUCUCUAAGCAAAACAAAAGAAUUUUCUACACAAUCCUGGAGCUGUCACCACUACUUGAUUCUUCAAACAUGACACCCGAGGACUGGGCCAAAAUUGCAAAGAAACUUGAGGAGCACUAUGAAAAGUAUGAUGGCUUUGUGAUCCUCCAUGGCACUGACACAAUGGCAUACACAGCUUCAGCCUUAUCCUUCAUGUGUGAGAACCUGGGUAAAACUGUUGUUCUGACAGGAUCGCAGGUGCCUAUAUAUGAGCUGCAGAAUGACGGCCGAGCCAACCUUCUGGGGGCACUGCUUUUUGCUGGGCAGUUCGUGAUUCCCGAGGUGUGCCUGUAUUUUUAUAAUAAACUGUACAGGGGAAAUAGGGUGACUAAGGUGGAUGCUGGGAGUUUCAAUGCCUUUUCCUCACCUAACCUGCCUCCACUUGCAAAUGCUGAGGUUGAUAUUACAAUAAACUGGGAAACAGUAUGGAGAGCCAAUACCAAAAAGAAAUUCCGAGUUCAUACCAAUAUGAACAGGAACGUGGCGCUUCUGCGAAUAUUCCCAGGAAUAACUGCUGCUGCUGUGAAAGCAUUUCUCCAGCCUCCAAUCGAAGGCAUUGUACUUGAAACUUAUGGAAGUGGCAAUGCCCCGAAUAGCAGAGAAGACUUGCUAGAAGAACUUAAGAGAGCAACUGAACGAAAAGUAGUGAUUCUAAACUGUACCCAGUGCUUGCGAGGGUCUGUUAAAACAGUCUAUGCAACAGGGCAGACUCUCGCUGAUGUUGGAGUAAUUCCUGGGUGUGAUAUGACACCAGAAGCAGCCUUAACUAAACUGUCAUACGCGCUCAGCAAGAGUGAGCUUAGCUGGGAGGAGAAGAGACAGAUGCUGAGUGAGAAUCUAAGAGGAGAAAUGACUGUUGUACCCACAGGAGCCAAGAUCUCUCUCAGAGAUAGCAAGUUUAUUCAAGUGAUUGCCAGAUCUCUAAGUAUCAGCUGCAAGGAGGAGUUAGAAGCUGUAAGAGAUGCAUUAAUUCCACCUUUGGCUUGUGCUGCAGCUAAACUGGGUGACAUAGACGCACUGAGAGCCAUAGCAGAAAUGGGUGGAAACCUAAGCUGUGAAGACUAUGAUGGCCGAACUCCACUUCAUAUUGCAGCCUCUGAAGGGCAUUUACCAUUAGUUGAGUAUUUGUUAACAUCUGGUGCAACUGUUUACGCUAGAGACAGAUAUGGAUCUACCCCACUGAUGAAUGCGAUCAAGUUCAGGCACAUACAGGUGAUCAAUUUAUUACGAGAAACAGGAGCGCAUCUUUCAAGCCAUGACUUGGAGAACAUUGGAACAAUACUUUGCAGGCUGCUGCAAUUAGAGGCUUCCACUCCCCUGAAAACAUUUUUUCAGGUACUUAAGAGAUUUAAUCAACAUCAGAGGUGAUUUCGGUCUAGCAGAGAACUGAAAUUUUCAGACUUGCUUUUAGGCUUUCUUCCAUAAGCUUACCUGACCGACUGCCCCUUGCAUCUUCCUGCACACCCUGCUCUCCAUUGGUCUGCCCAGGCAUUCAUCAUUCCGGAGCCCAUCACUGCCGUUCCUCUACAGCAAGCAGCAUUUCAGGCAGCGAAUGUUGAACUUAAUAGUACUGGGGGUUUCCCCCUCAUAAUGAGCUACAGCUUCAUCUGAUGGUUAUCAGGGAGCUGUGCUCAGACAGUCCCAGCAUGCAGCAAGGAGCUGCUCUCCGUUCUGUGGCCUGGUGUGUUUUUAUCCUUAGAAAUGCGGAGGCAGCCCUCCCAGCUUAGCCUGCAGAGUUGAUAGGGACAGGCAUGCUCUGUGCACAUGCAGGCUGUGAGCCCUUUAGAAGAAACAAGUUAAAAAGGAACCUUAGGAACUGCAGGUGCGACCCCCAGAAGAUGUGCAAAGAAACAUUCUAGCAUACAUUGCUCAGAAAACGUUAAUUCACUAAUUUCUAUAAGAUUAAUGUUGAGCUUUACUAUUGCUUGUUAUGCAUGGCAGAUAAAGUAUCUUCAACAGGCUUCUUCUCUUUCCUUUCCUUUUUUUUUUUUUUUUAUGCUGCCUAUUUAAAUCUUACAAAUUACCUGAACUCAAAAAAAUCAUAGCUGGCUGUUCCAAAGGAUAACACAUAAAUGUGCUGUUUUAACUUCUGGUAGUGUGCAAACUUAAGAAGGGUUUUUCUCAGUGGCUUCAAACGGGGCAGACUGAUUACGAACACAUCUGUUCCCUCACUUAUUCAGCUGCAUCUUGAUACAGCCAUUGCCCUCCCCCCAACUCACUUCAUGAGAUAAAUACCGUGUUGUGAAAUAUGAAACUGAAUGACUUUUUUUUCCCCCUUGGUCAUAGUCACACCCACUGUGUGAAACCAGCCUGUUGUAAGUACUUAUAGCACAGCCUUAUUAAUUUAAGGAACUGAUUCAUCAAGCUGUGUUGCUUGCUCAGCUAUUCAAAGCUGUUGUAAUAGUAUUCCUUUCCUUACAUCUCUGUCCUGCAGCCAUAUUGAACCUGUUCUGGUUCAGCAUUUGCUUGUGGAGCUCAUGGGCAGCACACAGGAGCACAGUGAAAUCCACUGAAAGAACCAACAUACUUGUUUUU